CCGCCCACGGAUGGCCCCCGACAACGCAGCCCCGGGACUCCGAGCCAGAGAGAGGAGGCCAGCCUGGAGGGGGCUGUUCUGGCAGUGUCCACGCGAGGGCGCCAGAGCCCCUUCUGGCCCCGGUGCAGCUCCCAGGCUCGAACAGAGCAGCCAAUCCCCAAGGGACGGGGCGGGACCUUUGGCGCGCUCCGCACACUCCCGGCGGCCUAUUGGCGGGCCGGCUUCGCUCCCAGCGCUGAUUGGUGGCUUGUACCAGACGGGCUUCAGGCGGACUCCCAGCGCUUGGCUUUGCCUCAGCUGCGCGCCAAGGGCAUCGCGGCCCCGGUGCGGGCUGAGGGGGCAGCGCGCGAGGAGGGCGAGGAGCCUGCAGCGGCGCGCCUUGCGAAGCCCUUCUACACCCUCGGCCGGAGACCGUCAGAUUCCAGGCGGGAGGCCGGACUGCAGCCCAAUCCCCUCAGCCUGCGGCCCCUGAAAGCCCCGCCGACGAGGGGCCGAGUGCCUUACCUCAGGGCUCGGGGCGCAGCGCCUUGGUCGUCAGACCCGCGAGCCUCGCGGCCGGAGAACCGAGAGCCCCUCAGGAGCCCCAGCCUCCCCCACAGCCGAGCCCCCCGGUCCCGGGGUCGGAGAACCGAGAGCCCCUCAGGAGCCCCAGCCUCCCCCACAGCCGAGCCCCCCGGUCCCGGGGUCGGAGAACCGAGAGCCCCUCGGGAGCCCCGGCCGCCCCCUAGCCGAGCCCCCGGGUCCCCGGGAUCAGAGAACCGAGAGCCCCUCAGGAGCCCCGGCCGCCCCCCAGCCGAGCCCCCCGGUCCCCGGGGUCGGAGAACCGAGAGCCCCUCAGGAGCCCCGGCCGCCCCCCCAGCCGAGCCCCCCGGUCCCGGGAUCAGAGAACCGAGAGCCCCUCAGGAGCCCCGGCCGCCCCCCAGCCGAGCCCCCCGGUCCCCGGGGUCGGAGAACCGAGAGCCCCUCGGGAGCCCCGGCCGCCCCCCAGCCGAGCCCCUCGGUCCCGGCGGCCGGAGAACCGAGAGCCCCUCAGGAGCCCCGGCCGCCCCCCAGCCGAGCCCCCCGGUCCCGGGAUCAGAGAACCGAGAGCCCCUCAGGAGCCCCGGCCGCACCCCCAGCCGAGCCCCCCGGUCCCGGGAUCAGAGAACCGAGAGUCCUCAGGGCCGCCCGACCCCUGACAGGAGCCCCGCCCCCCGCGCGGGCUUCCAGGGGGCUCGGGACCCCCCCCCCCCGCCGCCCCCAGCUCUGGCCGCAGCGCCUUCCCCUCCCCGCACCAUGCGCCCCGACAGGCGCCAGGAGGAGAGCCCUGACCCAGCCGCUGGGAGGACCGAGCGGAAGGCGGCGGCCACAGAUGCUUUCAAAGACAUUUCCAUAUACUUCUCCAAGGAAGAAUGGACAGAGAUGGGAGAAUGGGAAAAAAUCCGAUACAGGAAUGUGAAAAGGAACUAUGAAGCGCUGACCACUAUAGGUCUCAGAGCCCCUCGGCCAGCUUUCAUGUGUCACCGCAGGCAAGCCAUCAAACCCCAGGUGGAUGACCCCGAGGAUUCUGACGAAGAAUGGACACCAAGGCAGCAAGUUAAACCUUGUCGGGUGGCCUUCAGAGUGGAGCACAAUAAACACCAGAAGGUGAUGUCCAGGGUGCCAUUAAGUAACAAAUCUAGCUUGAAGGAACUGUUGACAACAGCGGAGUUGCCAAAGACAAGUGGCUCAGAGCAGGCCCAGGAGUCCCCAGUGUCCCCUCCUGGAGAAGCACGUACCUCUAGACGGCGCUCUGGACAAGAACUGGCCCGCAGAAGGAAGGACGCGGAAGCCCGGAUGUACAGCCUGCGAGAAAGAAAGGGCCGCGCCUACCAGGAAGUCGGGGAGCCCCAGGACGACGACUACCUCUAUUGUGAGAAGUGUCAGAACUUCUUCACUGACAGCUGUGCCGCUCACGGGCCCCCGACCUUUGUCAAGGACAGUGCCGUGGACAAGGGGCACCCCAACCGCUCAGCCCUCACUCUGCCCCCUGGGUUAAGAAUCGGACCGUCAGGCAUCCCUGAGGCUGGCCUUGGAGUGUGGAACGAGGCCCACGAUCUGCCGCUGGGUCUGCACUUUGGCCCCUACGAGGGCCAAGUCACAGAGGAUGAAGAGGCGGCCAACAGUGGAUACUCCUGGCUGAUCACCAAAGGGAGAAACUGCUACGAGUACGUGGACGGAAAGGACAAAUCCUGGGCCAACUGGAUGCGGUAUGUGAACUGCGCGCGGGACGACGAGGAGCAGAACCUGGUGGCCUUUCAGUAUCACAGGCAGAUCUUCUACCGAACCUGCCGGGUGGUCAGGCCAGGCUGUGAACUGCUCGUCUGGUACGGGGACGAGUACGGCCAGGAGCUGGGCAUCAAGUGGGGCAGCAAGUGGAAGAAAGAGCUCACAGCAGGGAUCGCAGCAGGGCCAGCUCACCAGGCCGAGCGCCGCCAAGUUCACAGAUCCCGUCCCCUCACCCAGGCGGAACCCACCUACAUUACCAAGAGUGUGGUCAUCCCUCAGCAGGGCUUCCUCUUUCAGCAGAACCACAACCAAAGAUCCAUCCAUGUCCCUCCUGCUCUCUGGCCUUCUCCAGCCAGAGAUUCCUCAGCCAACAUGUGGAACGCAGCCACCCCUCUCAGAGCCUCCCAAGCGCAUCUGCAAGAGGAGGCCUCCAACCAGAGGGUCCCUGCCCAGACAAUCAACAGCAGCAGCAGCCAUAUCCUGAUCCACACAGCUGGGAGGGCAAAUCUCAAAGUCAGGACGUCAAGGAAGGGUCCAAACCUUUCCUGGAAGGGAUAA